UUGACUUUUGCUGCCCACUAUGGAGGUUUUGGGACCACGUAUCAGUUUGGUGGAUUAUUAGUUUAAACUAAACGGGUUAGAAACAGAUACAUGCGUGAUUACUAAGACAUAUGUUACAGCUAAAAUCUCUUAAGGCAAAAUGAAGCAGAGGAGUUUCUUAGACCUCUUGAGCUUUGGUGUUGCCUCUGUUUCAGCACAAACAUGCAUACAGAACCGUAAGAGUUUCAUACCCAACGGUACAUACGAUUCAAUUCGCCGUCUCAUCCUCUCUUCUCUUCCUUCCGAUGCCGCGUCUCAAGAUGGUUUCUACUACGGUUCCAUUGGAGAAGAGCCAAAUCGAGUCUACGCAUUAGGGAUGUGCAUCCCAGGAUCAACUCCAAGUGACUGUUCGAAUUGUCUAAAAGGCGCGGCAGGCUGGUUGAUACAGGACUGCGUCAACCAAACAGACGCAUAUUAUUGGGCACUUGAUCCAACGUUGUGCCUUGUCCGCUACUCCAACAUUUCUUUCUCAGGAUCUGCAGCUUACUGGGAAAUUGAUCAGUAUUUGGUCUUAAACACUGCAACCAUCGCCUCAAAUCUAACAGAGUUCAAGACAACUUGGGAAGGAUUAACACUUCGUAUGAUUCUUGCUGCUUCCACAGCAAGCAGCACACCAUGGUCCAGUAGUAAUUAUUACAAAGUUGAUUUUGCAAACUUGACACAAUUCCAGAAUAUAUACGCGCUGAUGCAAUGCACGCCAGAUAUAUCCCCGAGUGAUUGUGACAACUGUUUGCGACUAAGCAUGAUGAACUACCAGUCAUGCUGUGGAAAUAAUACAGGAGGCUAUGUUAUGAGACCAAUCUGUUUUUUCCGGUGGCAGUUGUUUACAUUUUCAAAGGCUUUUGGUAACAUUGCUUUGACUCCAGCUCCUCCUCCGAUGAGACGUCCUCUGACUGCGCCACAACCACCUUCCGCUGGUGACCCGGCCAAGACGCCAGACAUUAAUAGCAUAGGAGUUUCAGCUGAAAUUGUAGUGGGGAUUACUGUUCCAGCAGUUGUUAUCGUCUUGAUACUUUUUGUUUUAGGAUUUUUCCUUUGCUGGAGGAGAAAGCCAUUGCAAGGAAUUGAAUCUGAAUCUGAUAGUGAUGUUUCAACUACAAGUUCAUUGCAAUACGAUUUUAAGACAAUUGAAGCUGCAACGAAUAAGUUUUCGAAGAGUAAUAAGCUCGGCCAAGGUGGAUUUGGCCAAGUUUACAAGGGUAAGUUUUCAAAUGGAACAGAAGUUGUUGUGAAGAAGCUCUCGAAAGUGUCAGGACAAGACACAAAAAAGUUCAAGAAUGAGGUUGUUCAUGUAUCAAAAAUUCAACAUAGGAGUCUGGUUAGGCUUCUUGGCUUCUGUUUGGAAGGAGAGGAAAAGUUUUUGAUCUACGAAUUUGUUCCCAACAAAAGCCUUGACUAUUUUUUAUUCGAUCCUGAGAAGCAAGGUGAGCUAGACUGGACUCAGCGAUACAAGAUUAUUGGAGGGAUUGCUCAAGGGAUUCUACAUCUUCAUCAAGAUCCACAGCUCACAAUCAUAUACCGUGACUUCAAAGCCAGCAACAUUCUCUUGGAUGCCGACAUGAACCCAAAAAUUUCAGAUUUUGGAAUGGCCACAAUUUUUGGAAUGGAGGAAAGUCGAGGCAAUACGAACUGGGUAGCUGAAACCUUCGUUUACAUGUCUCCCGAGUAUGCCGUGCAUGGCAAAUUCUCCAUGAAGUCUGACGUUUAUAGCUUUGGAAUCUUAAUUCUUGAGAUUAUAAGCGGAAAGAGGAAUAGUAACCUCUACCAGAUCGAUGAAACUACUACUGCUGGCAACUUGGUCACCUUUGCUUGGAAGCUUUGGAGAAAUGGCUCGCAACUAAAGCUGGUGGAUCCGUCCAUUGGGAGGAACUAUCAGAGUAAUGAAGUCACCAGAUGUAUCCAUAUCGCGCUUUUAUGUGUUCAAGAAAAUCCAGAAGACCGUCCAACGUUAGCAACCAUUAUCAUGAUGCUCACCAGUAACACAAUCACUAUGCCAGCACCUCGCACACCGGGCUUUUUCCUGCAAAGCAGGCGUGAACUGGAUCCACUAUCUGAGGGAUUAGAGUCGGCCGGUUGAUAUAUGAACUAGCAUAUUUUUCCUCAUUUAGUAUGUCUUCUACAUAUCUGAAUGAAAACACAUAAAACUAGCCAGACCGUAUUUGAUAAAUUUCUCCAUAAAUAAAAAGCAUAGAAAUUGUCUCUGUAAUUUUAGCUUGUGGCUUUGGCAUCACAUGUUCUGACCA